UCACAUUAAGUUUCACCUGUGUUUUACAUCCUAUUGGUUUAAAAAAUAUAUAGCUUAAAUAAUAACCAAUCAAAUAAACGUACAGUCUUAUGACCUUGCCAGUGUAAGCUCUAAAUUGAAAAAAAUAUCAUAUAAAUACUUCGCUAGCAUUAUUUCAAGUUUAUUUUGUCGAGUUUCCCGGCGUUAAAAUUUGUUGUAUUUUUUCCUUAGUAAUUCAUUUUAUCUCUGAUUAAGAUUAAGACAUACAAAUAUCUAGUGCUAUAUAAAUACGAAACUCGCGAUCGCAUCAAAUUAAAGUAAAAUAAUUUAUUAAGUGAAUACCCUACGCGAAAAUGGAAAACAAAACAGAUUUUCAAUAUCCUCACACUUUUAUAUUACUUGGUGCGUCUGGCGAUCUUGCAAGAAAAAAGAUUUAUCCAACUAUAUGGUAUUUAUACCGGGACAAUCUAUUACCUCGCCAUACCAAGUUUGUUGGUUAUGCUCGUACGAAGCAAACAAUAUCUGAGGUUAAAGAAAAAUGCAAAAAAUAUUUGAAAGUGCGUCCAGGAGAAGAAGAGAAAUUGAAGGAAUUUUGGGAAGCAAACGAAUAUUUUGCUGGUUCGUAUGACAAGAGAGUUGACUAUGAAAUGCUCAACCAACUUAUUAGCAAGUUUGAAAAAGGCCCUGUGGCUAACAGAAUAUUUUAUCUUGCUGUGCCUCCUACUGUAUUUGGAGAUGUUACAGUGAAUAUACGAAAUGCAUGUGUGUCCAUCAAAGGCUUCACAAGAGUUAUCAUUGAAAAGCCAUUUGGUAGAGAUGAUGAAAGUUCACAGAAACUAAGUAAUCAUCUAGCUGGCCUGUUCAAAGAAGAACAAAUUUACAGAAUUGACCAUUACCUCGGCAAAGAAAUGGUUCAAAACUUGAUGACCAUUAGAUUCGCCAAUCAAAUAUUCAGUCCUUCAUGGAACAGGGAGAAUAUUGCAUCUGUAUUAAUUUCCUUUAAGGAACCAUUUGGUACUGAAGGUAGAGGAGGCUAUUUUGAUGACUUUGGUAUAAUUCGAGAUGUAAUGCAAAAUCACCUUUUGCAAAUUUUGUCACUCGUGGCCAUGGAGAAACCGGUUACUUUGAAUCCAAAUGAUAUAAGAGAUGAAAAAGUUAAAGUAUUACGCCACAUCAAUCCUAUUCAACUGAAUGAUAUCCUUGUUGGGCAAUAUGUAGGUAAUCCUGAAGGAAAAGGUGAAGAAAAGUUGGGAUAUCUAGAGGACCCAACUGUUCCAAAGGAUUCUGUGACACCUACAUAUGCCCUUGCUGCACUUCAUAUUAACAAUGCUAGGUGGCAAGGUGUGCCUUUUAUUCUUCGAUGUGGCAAAGCUCUAAAUGAGAGAAAAGCAGAGGUGAGGAUACAAUACAAAGACGUACCUGGUGAUAUCUUUAACGGGCAUGCAAAGAGAAACGAGUUGGUUAUUCGUGUUCAACCAGGUGAAGCUUUAUAUUUGAAGUUGAUGAGCAAAUCACCUGGAAUGAAAUUUGACCUAGUGGAAACUGAAUUGGACCUUACUUACAGUAUGCGUUACAAAGAAACAGAUGUCCCUGAUGCAUAUGAGAGACUAAUUUUAGAUGUAUUCACUGGUACACAAAUGCACUUUGUAAGAAGUGAUGAAUUAGAAGAGGCUUGGCGUAUAUUUACGCCUGUUCUGAAAGAACUAGAAGGAAAGCGUAUUAAGCCUGUUCCCUAUGUGUAUGGAUCCCGUGGCCCUCCAGCUGCAGAUAGCAAACUUGCUUCUUACGACUUUAAGUACAGUGGCUCAUACAAAUGGCAAAAGCCAACCCUAUCUUAAUUUAUAUUUAAGUUUGGUGGUUGAAGUUGAUGGUGGCGGUUUGCUUUUGUGGUUUUUGAUAUUACUAAAUUGCAUAAUAAAUUGUAACAUUUAGAUGUAGUCAGUUAUCUAAGGUACAUUCCAAUUUUAUCACAAUUAUUUGUAAUUUCUCUUAUUUGUAACUCUGCAUUCCUGUAACUAACAUAGACUUAUAUGUGAAAGUAUUUUCUUAAUACUAGAUUUUUUCUUUUCAUUAAACUUGCAAUUUAUUGCAUGAUAUUAAUAAUAAUAAUAGAUUUAUGGGACCAUUUUAAUUCAUGACAAUGGUUGUGCGAGUGCCUUAUCCACUUCUGUAAACUGCCUGAUAUUAACUGUGACAAAUUAAUGUAAGGUAUGAUAAUCACGUGAAAUGCUUGUGGGGGUUACCUAUGAUCAAAUUAUUUUAAGAUAAUUAAGGUCAGGUUAUCUCAUGUUCAAAAGUAAUGAUAAAAAUGGAAUUAAUUUUUUACUAUCUUUAAAUGCAAUUUUAAUAUGAAUAUUAUGCUAAAAUUUGUUAUUGUAUACAAAUAUUUAGAUAACUAAACAAUAUGUAUUAGCCCUCUCCAGCUCUAAGAGUUGCAAUUACUUUAAAAGUUCUAUCUGUUCAUUUGAAAUUGAUUUGGAACUGAAAUAAUAAAAUGUUUCUAGUAUAUUUCUAGCUUCUCAAUACCUACUACACAGUACAAUAAUACCAUAAUUGGUUUUAAACCAAUACCUUAUCUGAUUGUUGAUAGAAAUGCGUUUGUGAUGUUAACUACUAAUAAAACUUAAAAUUAAUAUUGUUAUAUGACCAUAGGUCUAUGCUCUUUAUAUAAUUAGGUAGCUAUUAUAUAUUAUUGUGAUGUAUGUUUAUAGUUUUGAUUAUUUUAAUAAAAUUGUACUGUCUACACACAACUUAGUAGCUUUAAGUUUAAACAUUUUUAUAAAGAGGUUUUUAUUGGGAUAUAUGCAUAUUGUUAUUCUGUUGUAUAGAUUGUAAUAGUGUUCGAAUUCUUCAAACAUGCAAUUAUAAUUUAAUUUUCUGUGUAUUGUGAUUCUCUUUACUAUAGUGAUAAUUGGUUGGUUAUUGAGAAGAAGAAGGAAGUUAUCAAGCAUUAUUAAACACUUAUUUUGAUAUCUUUAUCCUUGGUUAUUGAUUGUAUUUCAUAAGUGCCUGCUCAUACCUAUGUUAAUUGUUUUAGAGUACAUUAUUUGUUAAUAUUAGUAUGAGUGGAAGUAACAUCAUGACACAGCAAAAAUGUUGAUAAUGUAGGUACUGCAAUGUAAUCUUUAAUAUUUUUCUUGAUAAGGAAUUGAUUAUUCUUAAGAAACAGUAUAAGAUAUAUUUUUCUAGGUACUCAGUGCAACUAUUGUUUGUAGUGUUAUGAUGUCCCUUCCAACCUGUAGGUAUUGUGAUGGAUCUGUUCCUAUUGGAUUCACUCAUUAUUAUUUAUUGUAAAGGACUUUGUGCCAAUGUAAUGCAUAAUAAAUCUUUGACCUUUUGUAAAGGUGAUCACCCUUUGAAUUGACUUGCAUUUUUGAUCUGUAUAAUUAUACUUGGGAGAACUAUUUAUUUUAUUUUAUAAACAUUAUUCAUUCAUUUUUUAUAUCAUUAUAAGCUUUUGACGCUGAAAUAAACAGUAUGGUG